GCCAGAUUUGCGCUUCAAGCUUCGAGGUUCCCCAAACAUGCGAUCUCCUCCUUGAACUAUCCUCGAACGCAUACAUUUUCAGUCCUUUCACUUGCCAAGAACCCCCUUAUAGAGCCCACUUCAUCUCCCACCUCCCAUCCUGCCCCCGCUCCCAACACCAUGGACCGCACCCGCCGUACCCCCGGCCUCUCCUCACUCACGACCUCCCGGAUCUCCUCCUCCCAGUAUGCCUCUCAUGGUGCCUCCCUCCGAACCCAACAAACCCAAUCCCUGGCCACCCAACUCUCCGUCUUCCAAUCGCUCCUCCACAACUUCGCAAUCACGCACAGCAAAGACAUCCGUGCUAAUCCCGAAUUCCGCGCUGAAUUCGCCAGAAUGUGUUCCGCCAUUGGCGUAGACUUCCUCGCAUCAUCGCAUCACCGAGAAACCAAGGACAGCGCAGCAGUCGGGAAGGAAGGCGGCAGUAUCUGGGCACAAAUGCUCGGCUCCUCGGUCAACGACUUCUACUUCAACCUAGGCGUUCUCAUAGUCGAGCACUGCAGGUCCACACGCUCCGAAAAUGGAGGCCUAAUAUCUGUCUCUGAGAUCCGCAAACGGAUCCAGCGCGGACAGUCGUAUACCAUUGGCUCCUCGCUCAACGUCUCCGAAGACGACAUCGUUCGCGCGGUUGACAGCCUUUCGCCCCUCGGGUCAUGUUUCUCGAUUAUGAAGAUCGGGCAUAGGAUGCUUAUACGUAGUGUGCCGAAGGAGUUGAAUACGGACCAGAGCACCGUGCUGGAAGCGAUUCAAGUCAUGGGGUAUGUGACUGUGUCGAUGCUACAGCUGAAUCUGAACUGGGAGAGAGCGAGAGCAGUUGCCGUUGUAGACGAUUUGAUGGCAGAUUCAUUGGUGUGGGUUGAUACCCAGGCUGGGGAGAAUGAGUACUGGAGUCCUGCGUUUAUCAGUGGAGCUGGUGUUGGCAUUGGUUGAGUAAGGUGAAGAAGAUGCUGAAGAGCUUUGGAACGCAAAGUUAGAAGUGGACCGAAAAUCCUCUCCUGGUACACCUUCAAGGGCAAAGGGAAGAGCUAUGAUUGCAGCCUGGGUAUCUAAGCUGAGCUUAAGGUCUGAGUUGAACAAAUUAGGUCAACAUAAACUCUCACAAAGGAUGUGUUGCAGCGAGAACACGCCAAAGGGCUUAGGAUUACCCGCUCCAGUGGAGCAAGGAAAUUGCCACAUUAGGCUAGCCCUACACAAUGCAGG